AUACGAGUUGUACUGUACAUGGUCUAGCACAGGAGGCAUACUAAGGCAACAUUUGUAACAAAGACACCAAUACGAGUUGUACUGUUUACAUUUGUAGCAAAGACAAGCCAAACCAGUUACUCGUCGCAAAUCCUGUUUCAGAUAAUGGUCAAAACAUGCUGGAAUAUCAAAAUGUUUGAAAUAUAUUUUAUUGCACUAAACUAACCUUUUAUUAUCUAUAUAUCAUCAUGCUAUGCUGUUAUUUUCCCCAUUUUUAAUCUUAAAACAACAAUUUUUAACGAUUUGGUGAUGGUUUCUGCCUGAAAAAUGCCCGAAAUCAACUUUAAAGUCUGAUUUCUCAAAUAUUGUUUUUUUUAAAUAGCUGUCUGUUUAAACUCUUGUAACUUCAUAACGAAUAGCUGGAUUUAAAUUAUUCUUUUACAAUUUUAUAGCUCUCAUUUUACGUUUCAAUCCAAGAUUCUAUAUUAAUAAUAUAAAAUCGAUUUUUGCGACGUGUGACUGGUUUAGCCUGUCUUUUUACGUUUAGUCAUUUCAAUUCUUCUUCAGGGUAUGAUAUGAAAGUUCAACUUGUCAUGAGUUUGAGUUUCAUGUGGUUGAGCUUCGAAGAUUGAUUGUAGUGUCACUUAAUUGGAAGAAAAAGACAAAGCAGGACGAAUGUAAACGAGUUUCCUGUUAAGAUUUCUUGGCGGAUAAUUCUUUCAGAAUAACAUGGAAAGUGCCAGCAUACAUCUAGUCAUUCUUUUGUUGAUGUCUGCUUUGUUUUCACAGCACAGGAGUCAAUUGGUCAGUACCUACGAUAAUAACGCUUUCGUUUGCAAGGGAUCGUCUUGUGUGGAUUCUAAUACGAAUUUCUGCGGAAAAUACGAGCACAAUCGAACCUGUCAAUGUGACAUUCAUUGCUCGGUCUUCAAAGAUUGUUGCUACGACUACGUCCACCUAUGCGCAAAAGACAACGCAGAAGACAUAUUCAAAUACAGUCAUAUUGAUAACAGACACAAACAAAGCAUCGACAGGGGUAUGGCAGAAACAAUAUUUAAUGAACAUGUGUACACAUGUGUUGUGACAAACCGGGAUGGGAUAAGUCUACAUCAGUUCGGUGCAUAUUGGAUGGUAACGGUUUGCAAAGAAAUAGAGAGUAAAGUAAAUUUACCUACAAAACAAUUGAUAUCAUUUUGCCAAAACUCUUCUUUGUUACAACAAUCGUUGAUUUAUUCAUUACCUGUGACUUGCAUUAGCGAUGGUAUUACGUUUCGGAAUGUGUUUUGCGCACUUUGUAACGGUAAAAGCCUGAAUGACUUAGCACCGUGGGUUGUAGAGAGUAGACUGAAUUAUGACUUUUAUAAUUUUUUAAAUAGCAACCCAGAUGAAGAUUCCAAUAGUUUAAAUAAUUUUCUCGACAACAAAACAAGUUAUCAAUAUAGUCCACGUUAUUUCUAUCCAGUACGAAAAUGUGUACCUCAAUCCGAAUCUGUUGUUCAGGCUUGCCCUGAAUAUUCAGCCGAGUUUGAUAAAAACGCAUGCCGGGAUUACUUAGGCCCAGGUUAUUAUCUUGAAAACGGCCAACUCUAUAGAAACUGGCAUUGCGCCAUCUGUAACAUAGGUUCUUUUACUCUCCUUUCACAAUUGCCUUGCGAACGACCGUUGGUAUUAUCGAGUAGUACACUAUUAAUUUUGGUUCAGUUCGAUGGAUCGAGGACAAAAGUUUCAGGUGUUGGUACAAAAAUAACGGAGUUUAAAGGUGCGCCCUCCUGUGGUGAGGGAUAUAUUGGUGACCCAUUUACCCUGCAGUGCAUCUCACUAAUUUGUCCAGAAAUGUACGAAUUGAGAGGUAGUACAUGUUUAAGAAAACUAGAAGAAAUAAAAAAGUUAGACACGCCAAAGCGAAACAAAAAUAAUGUUAAUUGUACCAACGAUGAGAAAAUUAAAUCUUUCCAGUUACGCCCGUGCAAAAUGAAUCUGACAUUUGUUACCACAAUACGUUAUGAACUUACGUACACAAAAUUCGAUAGUAAUUGUAUUCGCGAUUUUCUAGAUUCAGAAGCACAUCAUAUUAUUAUAGCAGGGAACGAAUUAAAAUCUCAGUAUCUUUACUCUAAAGUCGAAGGUACGUUCAAGAACGCAACUUUGCUUACAAGAUUUGUCAUAGAAAAUGUAGACCUACCAGAACUUAAUAGUCUGGAAUUAAAGGAUCUGACAACGAUUAGUAUUACAAUGUACUAUUUAACAGUGGAACACAUUGUUGACGAAUGGAUAGACUUAAAUUCAACAAAUAUUAAUAUAACUUGGUACAAUUGCGCAUCUUCGAUUGGUAUUAAUAUCGUACAAAUAUGCGAUUUAGUACUAUCUACUACUUCUAAUUUUGAAGGGGAAUACGAGGCCUGUCGAGAGUCAUUUGAUGAGGAUUUUAAUUUCUAUUUUAUACCUAAUUUAACAUUUGGUAAUUAUUUCUACGCUCUAGCUAUGCAGAAAUUCCAAUAUUAUAAAAACGACAGUAGACCUACAUGCGCAAGUCAGAGAACAACAAUAUGCAAAGUUUCAUUUAAUGAAACAUGCGCAAUGGUUGUUUAUAACCAAUCAGAUUUUGUAUUCGAUAAUUUUAAUUUUGCCAUGACACACACCAACACACAAACGGUAUUCUCAAGAAAAAGUUUUCAGCUUACUGGAGAUGGAGCCCUCUACGUUUGCUCUGAAAGUUUGAACACUACGAGUUUUAAUACAGCUAGCGGUUUUGGCAAUGAAAAUCGGUUUCUUGAACUUUCUCAAACGAUGAUUUGGGUUAACAUUGUCGGGACAUUAUCGUCGGUUGCUGGACUUCUACUGACUAUUGUGUUUCGCUGUAUAAUAAAGUCAAUGCGUAACCUUCCCGGUAAGAUGAUAGUCCAAACUUCUGUGGCUCUCAUCGUUGGACAGUGUCUUGUGCUUUGUGAGCACCUAGCAAGGUUUGAUACAAGAGUAUGUACAGCAUUUGCCGUACUCCUUCAUUACUUUUGGUUAUCAGUAUUUUUUUGGCAAAACGCUUUUGCAAUUGAAGCGUGGCAUGGUUUAGGCAUGCAGAAGUUAAAAAUGCGUUACGCGGAGAAUUCUUACAAUAUGUGCAUUGCGUACAGUUGCUAUGGAUGGGGAUUUCCUGUUGUCAUUAUAUUCGUCUGCUUGAUUCUGCACCAUAUGCUGACCGUCCAGUUUACAUAUGGUGAUGUACAUAGUAACUGCUGGAUUAUUGAUAACCGAGCUAAUCUAUACGCAUUCGGUUUACCAAUAGCUAUCGUAAUCUUCACUAACUUUGUUAUAUUUCUACUGAUUAUACGUAGCAUUCACAAGACACGCGCGGUCGUACAAUCCGAAGCCGGAUGUAAUGCGAUUAUAGAACUAUUUCAAAGGGAAAUUAUAAUAUACAUUAAGUUAUCCAGUAUCAUGGGGUUCACGUGGAUUUUCGCAUUUCUGGCGGCUUUUACACAAAACAUGAUUUCUGUGUUUCUUUUUAUCAUCCUGAACAGUAGCCAAGGUGUAUUUAUUUUCCUUGCUUUCAAUUGCAACAAGACGACGUGCACUAUCGUCAGGACGAAUGUAAAGUCUCUUUUCUGCUUCAGCUCAGAAACAACAGAUGACAACAUGAUGGUAUCGAGGACGAGAAACAUUAAUUUAGCACGGUCUGUUACCGGUACUGAUCCAAACAUUAUAAAACUCCAACCAAUUGCUAAAACAGUUCCCAGCAACAUGUUUGUGUGAUACGAUCGUGCGGUACGUUACAGUUAAUACCUGUCAUUACAUGUAAAAGUCCUUGGUAUAUACACACUUACGAAAUCUAUCAUUUGCCAAACAUUAAAUACGUUUUUUCUGUGAUUGUCGAGGCCUUUUUCUUCAGGAUUAUCGAUAAUGUUUCCAUUUAUGGAAUAACAAUGUAAUGAAUACCAAUUAUGAACACUAUUUUAUUGAUGAUUUUAUUACUGCAAAUAUAGGCCUAUUGUUUUUAAGCAUUAUUUUUAUCAUCUACUUCUCUAUAAAGUGUAAUCGCGUAACAGGUUGAAAGUCUGUACCGAUAAAAUAUAUUUAAGUAAAUUAAAAGAGGCAACUGAAUUAAACAACUUCAGUUCUAUUUCAAAAUGUUUGACACAUAAGAUAGUUGUACUUUAAUCAUUUAGCUCAGUGAAAUGAACCGACAAAUGCUCGCACGCACUCUGGUGAAUUUAAAGAUGUCAUUGCAGUUUGCUAACCAAUCGACACCAUACUUACGAUGAUUGAAAAUAAUACAACUGUCUUGAGAAUCUACUUCGUGUAG